AUGACAAAGGACAAAGGUGGACUUAGUAUUAGGAUAUCCUUCUUUUGUUUCCCGCGCUCUAUUCGCUCACUCGCUUUCUCACACUCUCUCUUUAUCUCUCCCUCUCUCUCUUUCCCUCUAUCUCGCUCAAUUACUCUCUCGAUUUUUCUCUCUUUAUGUCGCUCUUGUUCUCUUUCUCUAAUUUACCCUCUCUCUCACUCACUCUCUCUCUCUCUCUCUCUCGUUCUCUGCCUCUCUCUCUCUCUCUCUGUCUAUCUAUCUUCCUCUCUUGAUCACUAUCGGUCUCUUUCACUCUCUCUCUAUUUUGCCCUCUUGAUCUCUCUCUCUCUCUCUCUCUCGGUCACUUUCUCUCUCUCUCGUUCUUUCUCUCUAUCUUCCUUUCUUGAUCUCUUUCUCUCUCUCCCGCUCAUUCUCUCUCUCUCGCUAUCGCACUAUCUCUCGCUCGCUUUUUUCUCUCUCUAUCUCACACUUUUACUCUCUCUCUCUCUUUGUCUCACGCACACACAAUUUUCUCUCUCUCUCUCUCUCACUUUCUCACACACAGUUCUUUGCCUUCUCUUCUUCUCUCUUUAUCACGCACACAUUCUUACACUCCCUCUUCAUUUCUUCUUUUCUUUCUUUCUUGAUUUGUUGACUUCCCGUCUUUCUCUUUUUCUAUAUUCCUUCUUUUUCUUUUUCUUUUUCUAUUUUCUUUCUUUCGUUCUUUCUUUCUUUCUGAAUUUAGUCAAUGUCUUCUUUCUCGUUUUCUUUCUUUGUUCCUUGCUUUUUCUCUUCUUUUUUUUCUUUUCCUUCUUUCUCUACAUAUCGUUCUUUCUUGAUUUAGAUUCUUUCUCGUUUAGCUUCUUUCUCGUUUUCUUUCCUUUUUCUUUUUUCUUCUUCAGAAACUCCUACCACCUUUCUUUAUUUUCUUUUAACUUCUUUUCUACAUUUGUCGCAAUCAUUAUAGUUUUUUUUCUUUUUUGCAUUUUGACUCCUACUACCUUUCUUCAUUUUUUCUUCUUUUCUACAUUUGUCGCAAUCAUUAUAGUUUUUUUUUCGACUUUUUCCUUUGCAUUUUCAGACUCCUACCACCUUUCUUUAUUUCUUCCAACAUAA